AUGGUGUGUGGUUGCAGGUCCACCCUGGUGGAUGGUCUGGAGUACUGCCGGAGGGUCCAGAGAACAGACGGCUCCUGGGAGGGGUCGUGGGGCGUGUGCUUCACCUACGGCACAUGGUUCGGUCUGGAGGCCUUCUCCUGUAUGGGUCACGUGUACCAAGACGGAGUUCCUCUGGUGUUUUACAUGGAGCCGGGUAUCCACCUGUACCUGUUGUACCAUCAGCCGGGUAUCCACCUCUACCUGUUGUACCAUCAGCCGGGUAUCCACCUGUACCUGUUGUACCAUCAGCUGGGUAUCCAUCUGUACCUGUUGUACCAUCAGCUGGGUAUCCACCUGUACCUGUUGUACCAUCAGCCGGGUAUCCACCUCUACCUGUUGUACCAUCAGCCGGGUAUCCACCUGUACCUGUUGUACCAUCAGCUGGGUAUCCAUCUGUACCUGUUGUACCAUCAGCUGGGUAUCCACCUGUACCUGUUGUACCAUCAGCUGGGUAUCCACCUGUACCUGUUGUACCAUCAGCCGGGUAUCCACCUGUACCUGUUGUACCAUCAGCCGGGUAUCCACCUGUACCUGUUGUACCAUCAGCUGGGUAUCCAUCUGUACCUGUUGUACCAUCAGCCGGGUAUCCAUCUGUACCUGUUGUACCAUCAGCUGGGUAUCCAUCUGUACCUGUUGUACCAUCAGCCGGGUAUCCACCUGUACCUGUUGUACCAUCAGCCGGGUAUCCACCUGUACCUGUUGUACCAUCAGCCGGGUAUCCAUCUGUACCUGUUGUACCAUCAGCUGGGUAUCCAUCUGUACCUGUUGUACCAUCAGCCGGGUAUCCAUCUGUACCUGUUGUACCAUCAGCUGGGUAUCCAUCUGUACCUGUUGUACCAUCAGCCGGGUAUCCACCUGUACCUGUUGUACCAUCAGCCGGGUAUCCACCUGUACCUGUUGUACCAUCAGCCGGGUAUCCACCUGUACCUGUUGUACCAUCAGCUGGGUAUCCAUCUGUACCUGUUGUACCAUCAGCUGGGUUUCCAUCUGUACCUGUUGUACCAUCAGCUGGGUAUCCAUCUGUACCUGUUGUACCAUCAGCUGGGUAUCCAUCUGUACCUGUUGUACCAUCAGCUGGGUAUCCAUCUGUACCUGUUGUACCAUCAGCCGGGUAUCCAUCUGUACCUGUUGUACCAUCAGCCGGGUAUCCAUCUGUACCUGUUGUACCAUCAGCCGGGUAUCCAUCUGUACCUGUUGUACCAUCAGCCGGGUAUCCAUCUGUACCUGUUGUACCAUCAGCUGGGUAUCCAUCUGUACCUGUUGUACCAUCAGCUGGGUAUCCAUCUGUACCUGUUGUACCAUCAGCCGGGUAUCCAUCUGUACCUGUUGUACCAUCAGCCGGGUAUCCACCUGUACCUGUUGUACCAUCAGCCGGGUAUCCACCUGUACCUGUUGUACCAUCAGCCGGGUAUCCACCUGUACCUGUUGUACCAUCAGCCGGGUAUCCAUCUGUACCUGUUGUACCAUCAGCCGGGUUUCCAUCUGUACCUGUUGUACCAUCAGCCGGGUUUCCAUCUGUACCUGUUGUACCAUCAGCUGGGUAUCCAUCUGUACCUGUUGUACCAUCAGCUGGGUAUCCAUCUGUACCUGUUGUACCAUCAGCCGGGUUUCCACCUGUACCUGUUGUACCAUCAGCCGCUUUUCUUUCCACCUCCUCCAGGCGCCGUGUAG